AUGCAAGCUGCUCCGCAAAAUCGUCCAGAGGAAUACGACUUAGUUUGUCCGAUUACACUUCGAGUCUUUCGAGACCCUGUCCAAGCUGCAGACGGUCAUACAUAUGAACGUCAAGCAAUCGUACGAUGGAUCAAAGAGCAUGGUACGAGUCCACUUACACGACAACCAUUGAAUAUUGACGACUUACUACCAAAUUAUGAUGUGAAAGAUGCAGUUGAUCGAAGACCUAGCCUGACGGCAUCUAUUGACGUACAUGACGAAUCAAUGGCUAAUCGAAAUCCACGGAUAACGCCUGUCAACAACAAAGUUCUAAUAACGAAGGGCAAAACAUGUCAUGUGUUACACGAAGGCCUAUGUUGCCAACGUCGAUGCUGUAUUCUAAUCAUGAUUUUAUCAGCGAUCGUCUUGUUGGCAUGUGCACUCACUGCUGGCCUUUUUAUGAGUAAAUAUUCUAAUAUAGUACCGCUCACAAAGGUCCGGCGUUCGACAUUUUUGAAUCUCUAA